GCGUCAUUUAAAAACAGAGGUAGCCUGAAAGAAGAAAGAGCUCCAAGAUUCAACACCAAACUGUGUAGCAAAGUAUCUUUGAAUCUUUUAUUUUUCACAGAGAAGAUCCCUGACCUGUCAUUUAAUUGACAGCUGUCCUGGUGAGGCUCCUUCGCAGCAGUUGAAAGAAGAAACUGAAGCAACGCUGUUUCUUCCUUUUUAAGUCAAGUGGUUUCCCUGGUAAUGGACUGCCUGACUCUGAGCUCCUGCCCUCGUGAGACUCUCUAGAACUAAUCUGCAAACACAGAUAGAAAGCACGACUGUAAAAAUGACUGAAGAGCCCGUAAAAGAGAUCCCGGGAGUCCCCAAAUCUCCCAAGCCAGUGACAAUGGAGAAAAGCCCCAAGAGUGAAGUUGUGGUCACCACAGUCCCCCUGGUCAGUGAGAUUCAGCUGAUGGCUGCGACAGGAGGUGCUGAGCUCUCCUGCUACCGUUGUAUCAUCCCCUUCGGGGUUGUCGUCUUCAUCACCGGGAUAGUGGUCACUGCGGUGGCUUACAGCUUCAACUCCCACGGCUCCAUCAUCUCCAUCUUUGGCCUGGUCCUUCUGUCAUUUGGACUUUUUUUAUUGGCCUCCAGCGCCUUAUGCUGGAAGGUAAGACAAAGGAACAAGAAAGCCAAGAGACGGGAGAGUCAGACAGCUCUUGUGGCAAAUCAGAGAAGCCUGUUUGCUUAAGACAGAAUGAGACCAAAUGGAAUAUAUGGCCUGAAAAACCUGCUCUGACUUUUGUCAGCCAAUUCAACCAGAACCAGCGUGGGAAAGAACAGACUUGGCAUUGGAGCCAACUAGAAAAAUGGGGGUGCUGGGUGGGGGGUAAGGGGCGUUGGCCUUUGUGAGGAGUGACUCAAGUCUUCUUUAAUGACAAACUUAACAUUAAGGGCUAUUUCUUAGACUGAAAACUCAGCUUUCUCUUUAUAUUUAACAUUUUGGAGAAGUGCAAGGCAUUAGACAACAUUUGGUUCACUUUGGAAAGGAGCCAAGAAAAGAUGAGAAAAUAAGAUAGCCCUGGCACACUAGACAUUUGUCUCUGAAAGAAAUAACCCAUACUCUUAAGAAGUUAUAUUAUAAAAACGUUUUGCCAAGGAUCUAAAUUGCCUUGGACUUUUCAUGCUUCUAUUAAAUUUUGUGAUAAUCUUUUUUUUUUUCAAUAAAUUUAUUCUCUGGCA